AUGGAUUCCAGCUCUUCAAAUAUCAUGGAACUAUUUGGAGAAGAGAAGUCAUUAAAAAUAUACUCUUGUCCAUAUUGUACUUAUUCAACUUAUUACAAAUGUAAUCUUAAACUUCAUGAGAGACGGCAUACUGGUGAACGACCAUUUUGCUACAUUAUGAACAUUGAUAUCAGAGGGAUAUAUGAUGAUUCCUGUUUGAGGAAAAACAAUGCAGGGAAAGUUCCUUGUUAUUCUUGUCCACAAUGUCCUUAUAUAUCAAAUUAUAAAAGCAACUUGAAUCGCCAUGUAAGGAAACAUUCUGGAAUUUUUACAAAACCUUGGGUGAAAGACAGCCUUAGUAAACUACAUAUAGAUAGAACAUCAGAAAGAAGUAUUCCAAAAUCUUGGGCUACAUGUAGCAUCGGUGUAUCACGUGUGGGAAGGACAUCAGAAUUAAUGAAACAUUGCUGCAACUUUUGCUCUUAUUCUUCUAAUAACAAAGGCCAUUUAAUUUCUCAUUUGCGUAAACAUACUGGAGAACGACCUUAUUUGUGCAGAAUCUGUGGGAAAGGAAAAUCUACCCAACAUUACAAUAGUUAUCAGUAUGAUAAAUUCUUUGCCAAGACUAAUCGUGUGAAAUCAACGGUUUACCACAAAUGUACCUUUUGCGACUAUUUUACCUAUAAUAAAGGCCAUUUAAAGCAGCAUGAGAGACAACAUACUGGUGAACGGCCUUUUGUGUGCCAGUAUUGUGGUAAAGGUUUCAUUCAAAAGCAUCAUCUUCAAGGACAUGAAAUUUGCCAUGCUUUAGGACCAUUUUCUCAGAUGAUUGAACAGCGUAAUUUGAUUAUUGGAGGAAGCAGUUCAGUACAUCUCUAUGCCUGUGAUUAUUGCGAUUAUAAGACUUACAUAAAAUGCAAUUUAAUCAGGCAUGUUAAAAAGCAUACUGGUGAGAGACCAUAUUCUUGCAAGCUGUGUGGUAAAGGAUAUAUUCAAAAGAAAAAUUUGGAUUAUCAUAUGGUGUCACAUGCUCAGAAGAAAUUACAUCUGUGCAAUAUAUGCAAAGAGUCUUUUCGAAGUGAAUUUUGUCUGAAAAUGCACUUGGUUUCACAGCACAAUGAAGGAACAUUAAUUUUAUUAGUUGAGAAUAAUUGCUAUGAUGUAUCUUUGAGUAUGGAAACAGUUUCUGAUUCAUCACUCUCUAAAAAUGACCUUUUAGAAAUGAUCAAUGCACCUACCAGGUCUUGCAAUUUUUGUGAAUAUGCUACAGUUGACAAAAGUAACUUGAAAAGGCACAUUAGAAAACACACUGGUGAACGACCUUAUUUAUGUCAGUAUUGUUGCAAAAGUUUCACGCAAAAACAGCACAAAGAUGCUCAUGAACUUUUACAUGAAACAAAAAAACUCCAUAUGUGUUCACUUUGCAAAGCAUGCUUUCGAAGCAGAAUUGCUCUUGAAUCUCAUAUGUUAGCUCUUUCCCAUAAUAGCUAUCAUGAAGGAUAAUAUGGAAAAUAUCACACUGCAAUAUUGACAUUUUAUAUGGAGAAUUAAUUUCAGAUCUUGUAAUGUUUUUAAAUGUUAAUCACAUUAAAACUUUCUUAGCAUAAGUCUAUUCUGAUGUUCAAGAAACAAAGAGUCAUCAAAGCAACUUUUCUUACAAAAGAAAAUGUGCAUUUUUACUUUAUUAAAGAUCAGGUGAUCAACUAGGGAGAGUUUGCUGUUAGCUGAAAAAAAAAUUCACUUGUAUGUGUAUUAAAAAAAUGUUUAUUUUUUAAAAGGCUUGUUUAUAGAGUCAGUUACUUGGUUAACUAUGGUUUAAAAAUAUACUUUGAAAGUUUAUUGAUGAAUGGUGAUUGUUAUAAAAUAAAAAUAACUGAGUACUUCGGAAAUUAAAGUGUAAUAGAGUAGGUAUGCAUUUCAUUUUUUAUGGGAAAAUAUUUUUGAUAUUAAGCAUGGUUUUAUUUAAGAAGAAAUUAUUAUUGAAAAAAAUUAUGUUAAAUAUAAUUACCUAGCUCUGAUUUGAAAUUGAUUAUCUGUGUGUGGGGGGGGGGAUUAUUGAU